UCAAGUGAUCAGUCCUUUUUCCUGUAAAAUUUUUCUGUAAGUGACUACACAGUUUUAGCCCUUUUUUUAUGAAAAAAAUUUGUGCACAGAUUUGGCGUAUGUGUGAAAAAGAUGAGCUUAGUGAAAGGUAGGUGAGAACCUUUUUGUUUUUCACAGAUAGUAGAGAUGACAACAGAGACUUAUUUCCAUCCACCAUUCUACACAUGCCAAGAUACCAAAGAACCAGCAUCUAGCCUGGUAGCUUGACCUUCCAUUGCAACCUAAGACAAGUAGUAAAGCCUUUACCUUGAAGUAGGAUCAUGGGUGAUGCUGUUGAUUACAAGGAGUUCAGAAAGAACUACAUCCCCUCCCACUAGGUCUGGAUGGAGGAUACCUUAAAGUGAAAUGACAGACCAGGAGAAUAACAACAACAUCUCAAGUAACCCCUUUGCUGCUCUUUUUGGCUCCCUGGCUGAUGCCAAACAGUUUGCGGCAAUCCAAAAAGAGCAGCUGAAGCAACAAUCUGAUGAACUCCCAGCUAGCCCAGAUGACUCGGAUAAUAGCGUGUCAGAGAGCCUGGAUGAAUUUGAUUACUCUGUGGCUGAGAUUAGCCGCUCAUUCCGAUCACAGCAGGAAAUAUGUGAGCAACUCAACAUCAAUCACAUGAUCCAAAGGAUCUUCCUUAUUACUCUGGACAACAGUGAUCCCAGCUUGAAAAGUGGGAAUGGCAUUCCCAGCCGUUGUGUGUAUUUGGAAGAAAUGGCAGUAGAGCUAGAAGAUCAAGACUGGCUUGAUAUGAGCAACGUUGAGCAGGCCCUCUUCGCUCGCUUAUUACUUCAAGAUCCAGGCAACCACUUAAUUAACAUGACUUCUUCUACAACACUAAAUCUCUCUGCUGAUCGAGAUGCAGGAGAGAGGCACAUUUUUUGUUACCUUUACUCCUGCUUCCAGAGAGCCAAGGAAGAGAUUACCAAAGUUCCAGAGAACCUGCUACCCUUUGCAGUGCAGUGCAGAAACCUCACUGUGUCCAAUACCCGAACAGUUCUUCUCACCCCAGAGAUCUAUGUUGACCAAAACAUCCAUGAGCAACUGGUAGAUUUGAUGUUAGAAGCCAUCCAGGGAGCCCGUGAGUACAUGAACAAGAUCUAUUUUGAAGAUGUAACUGAGUUUCUGGAAGAGGUCAUUGAAGCCUUGAUAUUGGAUGAGGAAGUUAGAACAUUUCCAGAAGUCAUGAUUCCCGUGUUUGAUAUUUUAUUGGGCCGAAUAAAAGAUCUAGAGCUCUGUCAGAUCCUUUUGUAUGCAUAUCUGGAUAUUCUUCUCUAUUUCACGAGGCAAAAAGAUAUGGCAAAGGUUUUUGUAGAAUACAUUCAGCCCAAGGACCCUACCAAUGGGCAAAUGUACCAGAAAACCUUGCUGGGAGUAAUUCUGAAUAUCUCCUGCUUAUUAAAGACUCCGGGUGUUGUAGAAAAUCAUGGCUACUUUUUGAAUCCAUCUCGUUCCAGCCCACAGGAGAUCAAAGUACAGGAGGCCAACAUCCAUCAGUUCAUGGCUCAGUUCCACGAAAAGAUCUACCAGAUGCUGAAGAACUUACUCCAGCUCUCUCCAGAAACCAAACACUGUAUCUUGUCCUGGCUUGGAAACUGUUUGCAUGCAAAUGCAGGCCGCACCAAGAUUUGGGCCAAUCAGAUGCCAGAAAUCUUUUUCCAAAUGUAUGCCUCGGAUGCCUUCUUUCUGAAUCUGGGUGCUGCUCUCCUGAAGCUAUGCCAGCCAUUUUGCAAACCCAGAUCCUCUCGGCUCCUCACCUUUAAUCCCACAUACUGUGCCCUCAAGGAGUUGAAUGAUGAAGAACGAAAAAUUAAAAAUGUACACAUGAGAGGUUUGGACAAAGAAACCUGUUUGAUCCCAGCUGUGCAGGAGCCGAAGUUUCCACAGAACUACAACCUUGUAACAGAGAACCUUGCUCUGACAGAGUACACCUUGUACUUGGGAUUUCACAGGUUGCAUGAUCAGAUGGUAAAAAUCAACCAAAAUCUGCAUCGGCUGCAGGUUGCCUGGCGGGAUGCUCAGCAAAGUUCUAGCCCUGCUGCUGACAAUCUUCGUGAGCAGUUUGAACGACUGAUGACCAUCUAUCUUUCUACCAAGACUGCCAUGACAGAGCCACAAAUGCUACAAAACUGCCUAAACUUGCAGGUGUCCAUGGCUGUUCUACUGGUUCAACUGGCCAUAGGCAAUGAGGGCUCACAGCCAAUAGAGCUAACCUUUCCUUUGCCAGAUGGCUACAGCUCUUUGGCUUAUGUGCCAGAAUUUUUUGCAGAUAACCUGGGUGAUUUUCUCAUUUUUCUCCGCCGCUUUGCCGAUGACAUUUUGGAGACAUCAGCAGAUUCCCUGGAGCACGUCCUUCACUUUAUCACCAUUUUCACUGGAAGCAUAGAAAGAAUGAAGAAUCCCCACCUGAGGGCCAAAUUAGCAGAGGUGUUGGAAGCAGUGAUGCCCCACCUGGAUCAGACCCCAAAUCCCUUGGUAUCCAGUGUGUUCCACCGGAAACGUGUGUUCUGCAACUUUCAGUAUGCACCCCAACUUGCAGAGGCUCUAAUCAAGGUUUUUGUGGACAUCGAAUUUACAGGAGACCCCCAUCAAUUUGAACAAAAGUUUAAUUACCGCCGUCCCAUGUAUCCUAUCCUAAGAUACAUGUGGGGGACAGAUACCUAUCGGGAGAGCAUUAAGGAUUUGGCUGACUAUGCCUCUAAGAAUUUAGAAGCCAUGAAUCCCCCACUUUUCCUCCGCUUUCUUAACCUGCUAAUGAAUGAUGCCAUCUUCCUUUUGGAUGAAGCCAUACAGUAUUUGAGCAAGAUAAAGAUUCAGCAAAUUGAGAAGGACCGAGGUGAAUGGGAUAGUCUGACUCCAGAAGCCCGCCGAGAAAAGGAGGCUGGCCUACAGAUGUUUGGACAGCUGGCACGUUUCCAUAACAUCAUGUCCAAUGAAACAAUCGGUACCCUUGCCUUUCUCACAUCAGAGAUCAAGUCACUCUUUGUGCAUCCCUUCCUGGCUGAGCGCAUCAUCUCCAUGUUGAACUACUUCCUGCAACACCUGGUUGGCCCCAAGAUGGGUGCCUUGAAAGUCAAGGACUUCAGCGAAUUUGACUUCAAACCCCAGCAGCUUGUAUCAGAUAUCUGCACUAUCUACUUAAAUCUUGGGGAUGAGGAGAAUUUCUGUGCCACUGUGCCCAAGGAUGGACGUUCCUAUUCCCCAACUCUCUUUGCACAGACAGUUCGAGUCUUGAAGAAAAUAAAUAAGCCUGGGAAUAUGAUUGUGGCUUUCAGCAACUUGGCAGAGAGAAUCAAGUCUCUUGCAGACCUCCAACAACAGGAAGAGGAAACCUAUGCAGAUGCCUGUGAUGAGUUCCUGGAUCCCAUUAUGAGCACACUGAUGUGUGACCCUGUGGUGCUGCCAUCUUCCAGAGUCACUGUGGAUAGAUCCACCAUUGCAAGACAUUUGCUCAGUGACCAAACAGAUCCCUUUAACCGUAGUCCCCUCACCAUGGACCAGAUCCGGCCAAACACAGAACUAAAAGAAAAAAUCCAACGGUGGCUUGCAGAGAGGAAACAACAAAAGGAGCAACUUGAAUAGAUACUGUGAACUAACCAAACCAAAACCAACCCCAGAGUGCAGAUAAACAAUUGUUUGUGGUUUCUCUCUUUCUGGUUCUGUUCCUUUUCUUUCUUCUUUUCUGUUUCUUUUUUUUUUUUUCUUUACUAAAUUAGAGAACUGCUCUUGCUGAAAUAUGAUAGUUAAGAUUCCUAAGAACUUGACAAUGCUCCCCUGGCUUGCAGGAAAUUAUACUUAUUAUAGCAUCACCAAGUUUAGAAAUCAUCACUAAUUUUCACCCUCUGCUGUCUCUUCAUAUUCUUCUUCCUUUUCCUAAAUGAAAUUAUAUUAUUUCAACUACUAAAACUUCCUGCCACCCUGCUAUUUCUCUUCCAAUUACUGUUCAAACAUUUUUGGUGAGUGCUGCUUUUAUAAGUAUGUGAUGUCACAUAUUUCAGUGACAGCUGAUGUUAUCAGAAAAAUCCUGUGUUAUCCCGUGUAUUUACUAGUCCUCAUGAUCUAGACUUAACCCCUUUUCUGUGUUACAGAGUAACUUCACAUAAAAGCAGAUACCUUUAAGUUUGUGUAGACUUUUGAAUAAGAUGAUAGAUGAGAAUUUUUUUUAAAAACGAAUUUAAAGGAAUCUUGUGCAACUUCUGUUGAUAGCUCUUAAUUUUGUUACACAUUCUUUUUAAUGAGGAUUGGUAGGGCAAUCCUACCAAUUGAUGGGGGUGAGGAGGCUGUUGGGCCCUUAUUCUCUUACGAAAAUCUGUUUCUACAAGGACAAGGCCUAAGUAGAUUUAGGCAACGGGUAUCAUAUCCAUGAAAAAUGUCAUUUUAAGACACUAAUAUCAACAGUAUAUCUCAGUGUGUGAGAUAUAUAAAUACACACACACACACACACCCCAUGUGCUUUUUUGUUAGUUUAGUGUAAACUGAGUACCACUAUAUUUUCUCUUCCAUAGUGAGAUGUAUGCAGUAUGUGGCCAUGUUUACUAACAUACUCAUUCUUCACAAAAUUCUGAGAUUAUAAAAUGUAUAUAGUUAAUAUUUGUUUGAGAUUGUGACCUGACUUCUAAUAGCUACUUCUAACACAGCCUUAGGUCUUCAAUUAACAAAGUAGGAAUUUGAGCACAACCUUGUCCACAGCCAUUUUAAAUAUCCACUUAGCCCUGAGUAGUUGGUAGGUGGAUGGAUACCACUUUCAUAAGUGAACUUGAGCUCCCUACUCAAUUGUGCAGCUUAAUAUGCUGACUAGGGACAUUCCCCUGUGGAUUAUCUUUAUAUCACUGUCUUUCUAAGCCCAGAGAUGUCGUAAGUGACAAGAAAAGUGAUAGGAUCAAGAAAUGGGUGUCACUGCUUCAUUUGGAACAUGUUAUUAACUAUGGUUGCUUUCAAAUAAAAUAGUAGUUUUAUAUUUCAACACAAGUUGCUAUAAGCAAUCCUUGAUGUGUUUUCGAUUGCAUCAGCUGGAAAGCCUCAAAUCUAAGAGGGCUUCCCAUCCUAGAUAUAAAAUAGAUGUUGCCUGUUGCUGUGCUUAUAAAUGAAAAAGGAAGUUGAGGACACUUUUGCAAAUGCCAGAAUGUAAGAUUGAUUCAGUGUGCUCCCUGGGCCUUUACGGCAUGGGUUGACAGGAUUUGUUUAUUUUCUAAAAUUAGCUUCAUUCAAUAUUUAUCAUCCUCCUUUCCCUUUCUGAGAAUGAACUAUGUAUAAAAUAAGCUUCUGCCUAUUUGCAUCUAUCCUCCAAACCCAAUCUAGUAGGAUGUUCUCAUUUUAAAAACGAGGGGAAAAGACCAGAGUUUUUCAGGAGAAAACUGGGCACAAAAACUCAGAAGGCAGCUAUUCCCAGCAGCUUCCUAGUUAACAACCCCUAUGCUGCCUCCAGUCUUUGUCUGUAUUCUUCUGUAUUUAACCUUCAAAUUGUAAGCCUUUUCUGGCAAGCUUUUCUUCUUUUUUUAAACUCUUUUCCUGAAACUUUUUAUGAAUGGCUAUGGCACCAUUAAUGCUGCUGAAUAUCUUUAAACUCUGCACAGGCAAGUGUGUAGCUUAAGGCCACUACUGGUAAGGAAACCUAGUGUCCUCUGUGCCUUUUUUCUUUCUCUGAAGUAAUUUAAGAAUAUCCAAAAAAAUUAGACUUUAAAAAGUUAUCUUGGUACAACACCAUGUGUAUAUAUACUUGGAAGCUUAAAAAGGUGUUUUGUUUGGAACUUAGAAGCAGCUCUAAAUCUAGUAGAGCAGAUUUUCUAACAUACCUAGUUUCGUGUGUUGGCUUUGCUGGAGUAUGAUAGCAAAAUGAAGACUCUACUCAGCUCUGGUAUUGCUCAUAACUUACCAAGAGGCUAAUACUAAACUUGGAAAAUUGUUUAAGUAUGUUUUAUCAAGCAGUCUGGGUUUUAUUUUUUAAUAUACUUUUUAAUGGAUAUGUGAAAACUGAAGGAAACGUUAAAGGUUUUUUAAUGGUGCAAGUGAAGGUGCCAGUUGCUAUUUGGUAUCACACUCUACAAGAGCUUCAUUACUUUAUUUGAUGGUGGUUGCUAAGCAGCCAUUGCACAGAGCAUAAGUCUACUGGGUGCCUUUACAUGCCAGAGGCUGAUGCUGCACUGUUGAUGUCAUGUGAGGAAAUAAUGCACAUGCUCUAACUGCUCAACAGGAAAUGAACCUAGAAACAGAAAAUGAAAAGGUUGAUUGAAAUAAAACUUGAUCAACACGACUGUAUUUUGAAACAUUCCAGGAAGGUUACUUCUUGUCAAACUUGCCUGGCAGUGUUUGUUCAAAACUUGUAUUUAAUAAAUGAACAUCUGACUUACAA